AAAUAAAGUCUAGAAGUGUAUAAAGACAAAUCACUCCAGUUUAUAAGAAUUCCUCGCUGUAAGAAUGAAGGUUUUCGUGGGAUCCAUCGAAGCUUCACAGUGUGGAGCAAGUGAAAUUUCAGCUCCUUCCCUGAGCCUUAAGACGAAUAUGUGUCUGGAACUAGUUUAUUGGAAAAGUUCUUACUGCAAAUUAGAAGAUUGUUUCGAUUGCUUUUCUAUUUGAAGCUGGAAUCUCAAAGUUGGAACCAGACAGAAGCACAGUCCUGCGUGUUUUGUUUUAAUUGUCUUUCGAUGAACUAAUGCGUUUGAUUAGGUGCUUGUCUUAGAGGCGGCGGGCUUUGUUUCAAAAUAAAUUCCUCUGGCAGGAAGGAAACAAUCAAGCCUUGAGUCGUACUGAGCAGAGUGACAGGGCAUAUAUAGAGCAUUGUUUGUGAUUUAAUAUAAAUCUGCAUGAUAAAAAAAUAGAAUUUUGUACAAUGGCCUUCAAUGAUAGUUUCUUGACGGCAGAACAGCGACAGCUUUUAAGAUCUGCAUCCCAGGGCCGGGAUUCGGCUGGUUCUUUAAUAUCACCCAAGUCUCCAAGAUCUGAUCAGGAACAUCAUUCAAAACAAUCUGCAGCAAGUACAAAGAAUCAUGCAGGGGGUGUUCCAGGAAAAUAUGAGAAGCGUUCCCAUUCAGGGAAAGUAGGCCGUCCAAAAAAGGGUGGAUCUGGUGGCAAAGGUACCUGGGGGGGAUUACUUGACACUGCUGGAGAUUUGCAUGUUGAUCGUAAUGAUCCAAAUUAUGAUAGCGAGGAGGAACCUUACCGUCUGGUGGGAACAACUGUAACCCAGUCUCUAGAGGAAUACAAGGACAAAGUUGGGUCAAUAAUAAAAGAAUAUUUUGGUACUGAUGAUGUGGCUGCAACUGCUGCUGAUCUUACUGAUCUCGACUGUCCAAGCUAUCACCAUUAUUUUGUUAAAAAACUUAUUUCCAUGGCCAUGGACAGGCAUGACAGAGAAAAGGAGAUGGCUGCCGUCCUCUUGUCCUCACUCUAUGCAGAUGUGAUUGAACCUGAGCAGCUUAGUAAAGGUUACAGCAAGUUGCUGGACUCGGCUGAUGAUUUGGCUUUGGAUAUCCCUGAUACAGUAGAUGUUUUAGCAUUAUUUGUUGCUCGCGCAGUGGUUGAUGACAUACUUCCACCUGCUUUUCUGACAAAAACAUUGAAAUCUUUACCCGAUGAUUCAAAGGGGUUUGAAGUAAUUCAGAAGGCAGAAAAAAGCUAUUUAUCUGCACCUCUUCAUGCAGAAGUUAUUGAACGUCGAUGGGGUGGUAGUACUCACAUCACUGUAGAAGAAAUAAAAAAGAAAAUAAGUGACUUGCUAAAUGAGUAUGUUGAGAGUGGAGAUAAGGCUGAAGCUUGUCGGUGUAUAAGAGAUUUGAAUGUUCCUUUCUUUCAUCAUGAAGUUGUGAAGCGGGCUUUGAUAUUGGCUAUGGAAAGGAGAAAUGAGCCUUUUAUUAUGGAUCUUCUAAAAGAAGCUGCUGAGGAAGGUUUGAUAUCAUCUAGUCAGAUGUCUAAGGGUUUUGGGAGGCUUGCAGAUACUGUUGAUGAUCUGUCACUUGACAUACUUAAGGCCAAGGACAUGUUUCAGUUGUUAAUUUUCAAGGCAAAAGCCGAGGGUUGGCUAAUUCCAGAAUCUGUUAGGUCCAUCCCCAGUCAACAAAAUGAAGCUGUUGAAGGUAAUAAUGCAAGGCUUUUCAAAGAGAGAGCAGGAACUAUUAUUCAAGAGUACUUUUUGUCUGAUGACAUCCUGGAAGUUAUCAGGAGUUUAGAAGAUCUUGCUGCUCCUGAUUUUAAUGCACUUUUUGUUAAGAAGCUCAUAACAUUAGCAAUGGACCGGAAGAACAGAGAGAAAGAAAUGGCUUCCGUUUUGCUUUCAGCUCUCUAUACUGAGGUGAUUCCUGUUGAGGAUAUUGUUAGUGGUUUUAUUUUACUACUAGAGUCUGCUGAGGACACUGCAUUGGACAUACCUGAUGCCUUAAAUGAACUAGCUCUUUUUUUGGCUAGAGCUGUCAUAGAUGAUAUUUUGGCUCCACUGAAUUUGAAAGAAAUAAACAGCCAGCCAAAGCUAGGUUCCAUUGGCAAUGAAAUUGUUCGUAUGGCUCGUUCUCUGCUAUCUGCUCGCCUCGCUGGGGAGCGAAUUCUUAGGUGCUGGGGUGGUGGCACUGGCUGGGCAGUUGAAGAUGCAAAGGACAAAAUCAGUAAGCUUUUAGAGGAAUAUGAAGCAGGUGGAGAUCUUGCAGAAGCUUGUCAAUGUAUUCGAGAUCUGGAUAUGCCAUUUUUCCAUCACGAGGUUGUGAAGAAAGCAUUGGUCAUGGCGAUGGAGAAGAAGAAUGACAGGCUGUUGAAUUUGCUGCAGGAGUGUUCAAGUGAAGGUUUGAUUACAAUCAACCAGAUGGUGAAGGGUUUCACAAGAGUUGCAGACAGCCUUGAUGAUCUAGCCUUAGACAUACCUAAUGCAAGUGGAAAGUUUGCAAGUUAUGUUGAACAGGCAAAAGGGAAUGAUUGGCUAGUAUCAUCUUUCACCCACAGCACAAAGUCUGAACCACCAGAAUCAAAUGGGGAUAUAUCUGCAUGAUCUUGAGGAAGCAUUUAUUUCUGGUGUGAAUGUUGCCUGUUGGCUUUUGGUACUAGGACAAGUGAGAGGUGUUGUGCAUCAUCAUAUUCUGUUACUCAAAUGAUGAAUUGAAUGUUUUUGUAUAGGUGCUUGAGAUUCUGAAUCUGGGAUCUAGAAUUAUAAUUCUGGAGGUGGUUGUAAUUUGCUAACUUCUACAUCUCCGAGAUUAUAAGGUUCCACUCAUGCCCAAAGAAAUGGUGGCUGUUAUGGAGGUGGAAGUGUCAAGAGGGUAUUUUUUCCCCCCUGAAUUGAGUUCUUUCACUGUUUGCUCUUUAUUUCGUCAUUUCAUUGGUUUUCUCUAAAUACAGAUUUUUAGUACUUUUGAAGUGGAUUGAUGUAAAUUCAUGUGGGGUCUUGCUGCUUCA